CAUUUGGCAGCAACAACAACAAAGCGAGCAGCCGAAAAAAGUGUCGCAGAUUUGGCUCGAAAGCGUGUAAAUGAUUUUAUAACCGCGGCUGAGACAGCAGCUUAGAACCGGCUUUUGCAUAUGUAUGCAUGCAUAUGCACAAGCACAUGCACAUGCAUACGCAUGUGACGUCACAAAUAGAGAAUGGAAAAUCGAGGCUUCAGCGAUGAUACAAAUAAGGAUUACAUAUGUAUGUGAUGUCACAUGGGACUUCGAUUUGUCCCUUGGAACCAGAAGCACCAGUUAAGCGAUUUCAACAGCAGACAGCAAUACGAGCAGAGCAACCCAACGCCCAACAGAUUGAGCAGGUCAGAACCAGAUACAAGACAGAAAAAUAUACAAUCAAAAUGCAAGGAGUUCGAUUCGGUAUUGUUUGUGCGCUGCUGCUGGCUGUGGGCGUCUCCUGUCGCUCGGUGGUGCGUCGCGACGUCUCCCAUCUGCCGCUGGAGUAUCUGCCGCCCGUGGUGCUACCUCCAGUGCCCAGUCGGGACUACCUGCCGCCUGUGGAGGAGCAUGCUGCUACCCUGAACCAUGUCCUGCAGCCACCACGUGACUAUCUGCCGCCCGUGAACAAUGAGUAUCUUCCCCCUGUGGUGGAGGAGGAGCUCCAGGAAGCGCCCGUAGUCACAACGGAGGAGGAGAUUGCUGUGGAGACCACAGCUGCACCCACCACAGAGGCGGUGACUGAAGCCCAAACCGAACCCGAACCCGAACCCGAAGCAGAGAUCGUCACGGAACCUGUGGAGGUGAAGGCCCUGGAACAUAUCGAAGAGUCGGCCGUUCUCCUGGACGAUGGCUAUCACUAUCGCACACCCCAGGUGGUGCCCAAUCUUCUGCCCGUAAAGGAGUACCUGCCCCCCCUCGAUGAUAAUGCAGUCGUCGAAGAGAUUCCCGAACACGAAGAGGACUCCUCCGCCCUGCUGGACGAUGGCUAUCACUAUCGUUCGGUUAAGCGUCUGCGCUUCUAGUCUUCCGUUCCGUUACCCUCUAAUCGUAUCUCGGAUAUUUUUUUUUUCCCAGUUUCCACCACGAAUUUCUGUUUCUGUUGUUUAAUUUUAUAAAAUAUAUAUAU